AUGGCGCGGAGCCCGGGGCGCCCGUGCGUGCUGCUGCUUCUCCUGAUCUGCUUUAACUUUGGAAAUGGACUUCACUUUGAGGCCUUAAACACCAGAAGCAAAAAUCAGCUGCUUCCUAAACAUACUCACCUAGUACGGCAAAAGCGGGCCUGGAUCACCGCCCCUGUGGCUCUGAGGGAAGGAGAGGAUCUGUCCAAAAAGAAUCCAAUUGCCAAGAUCCAUUCUGAUAUUGCAGAAGAAAGAGGACUAAAAAUUACUUACAAAUACACUGGAAAAGGGAUCACAGAGCCACCAUUUGGUAUAUUUGUCUUUAAUCCAAGCACUGGAGAACUGAAUGUUACUAGCAUUCUUGAUCGAGAAGAAACACCAUAUUUUCUGCUAAUGGGUUAUGCUUUGGAUGAAAAAGGAAACAAUCUUGAGAAACCUUUAGAACUACGGAUUAAGGUUCUUGAUAUCAAUGACAAUGAGCCAGUGUUCACACAGGAAGUCUUCGUGGGGUCCGUUGAAGAGUUGAGUGCAGCACAUACACUUGUGAUGAAAAUCACCGCAAUAGACGCAGAUGAGCCCAAUACCAUGAAUUCUAAGGUUUCCUACAGAAUCGUAUCUCAGGAGCCUGCAUAUCCUCCAGUGUUCUACCUAAAUAAAGAUACGGGAGAGAUUUAUACAACCAGUAUUACAUUGGACAGAGAGGAACACAGCAGCUACUCUUUGACAGUAGAAGCAAGAGAUGGCAAUGGACAAAUAACAGACAAACCAGUCAAACAAGCUCAAGUUCAGAUUCGUAUUUUGGAUGUCAAUGACAAUAUCCCUGUAACGGAAAAUGAAAUGUACGAAGGAACGAUUGAAGAAAAUCAAGUCAAUGUAGAAGUCAUGCGCAUAAAAGUGACCGAUGCAGAUGAAAUAGGUUCUGAUAAUUGGUUAGCAAAUUUUACGUUUGCAUCAGGAAACGAAGGGGGUUAUUUCCACAUAGAAACUGAUGCCCAGACCAAUGAAGGCAUUGUGACCCUUAUUAAGGAAGUUGAUUAUGAACAAAUGAAGAAUCUUGACUUCAGUAUCAUUGUCACCAAUAAAGCAGCUUUUCACAAGUCCAUUAGGAAUAAAUAUAAGCCCACAUCCAUCCCCAUCAAAGUAAAGGUGAAAAAUGUGAAAGAAGGCAUUCAUUUUAGAAGCAGCACAAUUUCUUUCCGUGCUAGUGAAGGAAUGGAUAAGUCAAGCCAAGGCUUAUCGAUUGGAAAAUUUCAAGUUUUUGAUGAAGACACUGGACAACCAGCUCAAGUAAAAUAUGCCAAAUUGGAAGAUAAAGACAACUGGGUUUCUGUGGAUCCUGUCACAUCAGAAAUUAAACUUGUAAAAAUUCCUGAUUUUGAAUCUAGAUAUGUCCAAAAUGGUACAUACACUGUAAAGAUUAUGGCUAUAUCAGACGAUUAUCCUAGAAAAACCAUCACUGGCACCGUCCUUAUCACAGUUGAAGACAUCAAUGACAACUGCCCCACAUUGGUGGACCCAGUGCAAAACAUCUGUGAGAAUGUGCCGUACGUGAACGUUACUGCAGAGGACCUUGAUGGAUACCUGAACAGUGAGCCAUUCAGCUUCUCUAUCAUUGAUGAACCACCUGGAAUGGCAGAAAAAUGGAAAAUAAUACGACAAGAAAGUACCAGUGUGCUGCUGCAACAAAGCGAUCAGAAGCUGGGGAGGAGUGAGAUUCAGUUCCUGAUUUCAGACAGUCAAGGCUUGAGUUGUCCUGAGAAGCAGAUCCUUAAGCUCACCGUUUGUGAAUGUCUUCAUGGCAGCGGCUGCGUGGAAGCCCAGCAUGACUCCUAUGUGGGCCUGGGACCCGCAGCAGUGGCGCUCAUGAUUUUGGCCCCCAAAUUUUAG